GCAGCAGUAAUAGUUGUUGUGUGUGUAGUGCUUGGCCUGGACAACUCUAGAUAGCGGGGAGAUAUGCAGGCAGCAGGACCCAGCCGGGCAAAUAAGGAAGCAAACAAAAAAAGAUAAUUAUUCUGGUGUGAUUUUGUAUUAGUUACUGGUACGGGUACGCAGUGUUUGAAUUGCUUGUCUUUGCCAACAAAUGACGAGGAAGCUAACAAGCUCCUUUACAGAGAAAAGCACGUUGUCGUAGAAACGAGAUAGAAUUGUUCGAGGUGUAUUUGUGCUGUGCGUGUGUCUACGGUGCCCUGUCUGCGGAAGUGCUGUAGAAUACGACGGGUUAACGAAGAAAUAGAAAUUUUUGGCACUGUCCGAGUCUCGUGGUACGGUGGAUUAAUCAUCGGAAAUGCCCGGUCCCUCCGGUGGUUCGGGGCCUGGAGGAAGUUGUUCACCAAGCGGGGGGUCCAUAAGUGGCGGUCAAACUGCAGAACAUAAAUGUGUCUACUGUACAUCAGAUAUCAGAGGCCUUCGCGUCCGAUGCACACAGCAGACGUGCGGACCAACGUUCAAUCUUUGCUCAGAGUGCUUCGCCUGCCAAGUGGAAUUGGGAACACAUCGCAGAACUCAUUCCUACGAAAUUAUCGAUGACGGGAAUUUUCCCCUGUUUAACGAGCGUUCGGCGUGGCGAGCGGUGGAAGAAAGCCAGCUACUUGACUCCGUUGAGCGCUUCGGUUUUGGUAACUGGGAAGAUAUUAAGACAAUGCUUUCUGGACGAACUGUCGAGGAAGUAAAGGCGCAUUAUGGUCACUUCUACAUUGAUGGAAACAUAGGAAAGGUUACAUGGGGCCGAUGUGGUCCGCCUUCACAAAAUGUAAUCGAUCGGUCAUUACCUCCGGGUGAACCCCUGUCACCUUCGUUAAAUUCACCCACGAAGCCUCCUCAGGAGUUAAGUGUUAAUGACCAAUUAGAAAUGGGUUAUAUGCCUAAUAGAGAUGACUUUGAGAAGGAAUUUGAUAACGACGCUGAAAAUUUGAUAAGUCAAUUGGCGUUAUGUGAGGAUGAAGAUCCCACGGAUCGAGAAGCUAAGAUGGCGCUUAUCGAUAGCUAUGCUCGGAGAUUAGGGGAACGGGUCCGGCGUAAGAAGUUUGCGCGGGAGCACAAUUUGUUAUGUCUCUUUAUCAAAGGUGGAGCUUCGCCGGGGUGCCGAGGUGUAAAGGCUUCGUCUAGGGAGGGUCGUAUGCGGAGGGAAGCGUCAGAAAAAUUACGACCGUUUCUUCAAGACACAUCAGGGGAAGAACUUGAGGCUUUCAUGAUUAACCUUGAAAGUCAGAUGGAUCUUAAAGGAAGAAUCAAAGAUUUGUCCAGGGCACGAAGAAAUGGUCUGACCCGGCUUGAAGAUCUCUUUGAUUUUGAACAGGCUAAAAAGCGACGCGACAAAUUAAUGCAUCGGCGAGCUAUACAGAUGUCUCCGAGUGGAGCGGGGGCGGAGGGGGCCCCGGGCCGCGGAAGCCACGCAGGCGCACCUCCGUCGUUUCACGGGACCGCAAGGGAUUCCAUCGCCGCCAACGGCAAACCAACGGGAACUCCAUCGGCCACGGGACUACUAUUACCCGCAAUAGCAACAACAACAACAGCAACAACAACAGUGGCAGCAAUAAACUCAAGCACCAUCGGAAAUGCCGUCACUUUAACCGGACGGGAUUCCCAAAGAACAAGCCAAAGGCGAGAGGAAAGGAUAAGCGAAAGGAUGUGUGGAUUGUUAGAUGAUCGUCUGUCCCAGAAGGAGAAGCGGAUAUGCUCAUCGUUAGGCCUGACAGCAGGCGCCUACAUGCAAUAUAAGAUUUUAUUGCUCCAUCAGCUGAGGAGUGGACAGCGCGAGGUGGGCGUCCCUAGGGGUCUUGAUGCUACCAGAACGCAAGCCCUCCUUGAGCACUUUUAUAGAGCCGGAUGGGUGAAAUGACCAAACGAAAAAUGGUCGAAAGGUAAACCAGUGCUGUUGAGCUUAAGCAAUUUCGAUUGACUUACCAUCCCCAAAGGCUGCCAAAAGACUCCAUAGAAAACACUUGAUCAAACGGAAAUGAAGCCAACAAACUUAGAAAAAUGAGACUUCCAAGGUCGGCAGAGGAAACGACCAGGAACUCAAUUUAUCUAUUGAGAUAAGCCUAUAGUGAGGUCAGCAAUAAACGAAAUAGACACGUUAGGACAAUGAAGGUCGAACGUACGAAAAAACGGCUCAUACUUCCAAUUUUCCCAUUUUCCAUGGCGUUUACGUACUUACAUCAAUGGUGUAGAGACAGACCACAGGACGGGUGCUCCUGUCAAACACUGUACUGUAUUGUAUAUUGAAUACUUACGAAUGAACAGAGAAUAUAAACAGUAUGAUGUCAUCGAUUGAUGACGUAGUGUCGACGACGCACAUGGGCUUUCCGGGUAAAGGGCUUCAUAGAUUUUCGGAGAAAAAUUAGAGAUGGUAGUGAGAAAAGCAAAAAAUAGGCGACUAUUGGAAGUCCUGCGGGAUGAGUAAUACGUUUGAGGAAUAGACCUUUUGGGUUAGUUCUUAUAUAGGGUCCGUAUCAUUUGAACACGCGCCGCUAGUACUCUAAAAAUAAGCAAAUUUUACGAAGCACUCCGAUCGCAUAAUUAAAGAUUUGAUACUAACAAUCACAAGAUGCCAAGCUCACGAAGGUAAAUUUACUGUCGUAUACACACGUAUUUUCUGGAUCUUUAGAGUCCGCUUCGAGUGCCGAUAAGAUAAUCAUCAAAAAAAUGGCUAAAACGAUAGCCGAAUAUUAAUCAAUUUUACGUGCCGAGCGAGGAGCGCUCGGAAUGUAAUUCACCCAGUACUUGUUUAAGCAUUUUUCUUCAGCGGGACUGAGAACAGACACCCAACUCAGUACCAUUCAUUUAUAGAUAGAAUUUUUUUAGAAUACUCUUUUUGGAAUUGAAGACGGCAUUGACAUCAAGGUGCAUCACUCUGGCACUGUUUGUUUAAGUGAUCUCUUUAUACAAGCUAAAUUAUUUAGAUGAUGGUUGUUCAAGAAAUGUUCCUGCUAUUACCGGACGGGACAGGUGAACGUGUAAGCUAAGCGUAUCACCAAUAGUGAGGCGAUGGAGCAUCUUAAUGUUCCAAAGGUAACAAUCUCUUUAGCUUAGUUGGUGCUUAUUGAUUUGAAGCAGCUGCUAGUAAUUUUCGUAAAGACCUUUCCGCUACGUCGAUUUCUAAGCAGUCUUGAGUAUGCAAGGCUUAUUAUGAAUAUACUUCCGAUAUCAAAACCCUACUGAGCUAGCAUUUCGUAAAAGAUUUGAACACUCGACUAAUUAUCCAUUAACUGAUUUUCCACUACAAUAAUUAACGCAGCAAGUCCGUCUGUGGUUAUGGAAAAUCGGAAAAUGCUACAAUGAUUUCUACCCAGAUAUAUUUAUCUGUUAGUCUGGCUUACACGUAUAAGCCCAGACGUUUACUUACGUAAUGUUGAUUGACUCGAAAUUUUCUUUCAUUUAUAAUUCCUUUCGUUAGCGCAACAAUAUGUUUGAUAAGAACAAAGUACUGAAUGGUCAUUUAAUAGUAUCAAUUUUAUUGGCUUGCAGAUUUAUAGGCCUGAGGGGCGUAUGUAUCUUCCUUGAGACCACCAAAUUUGUGUAUAUAGAGACCAUCUCCGGGGCAGAGUUCCUCAAUGGCGUUGCUAAAAAACAAAAACUAGGAUUUGUAUGUUAAGACUAAAAUGUAAAUGUCGAGUAAUUGUGUGAACGGCUGAAUAAAGCAUGUGGAUAGUAGGCAUGCAGAUGCUCGGCUCAUAGUGAAUAUUAUGGCGAUGUUGAUAACGAAAUGAGAUAAUAGAGAGAGAGGGGGAAGGGGUGGAGAACUAAACUAGAAACAAAGUGGUGUGCUUUUUCUCAACUAGAGCGAAACGUAUUGACAUGGAAACAGUUAUUUCCAUUGUGAAUCUUUUAAUGAGAGUUUGUAUGGAUACUAAUAGGAACACAUAACAAUCGGAAAAAAACAGACCCUUUAUCGUCAUGUGGUGAUAACGAGAUGAUGCUGAGGGUUUGUUGAACUAUUCGCACAUAUGUAGAUAAGACUGUAGUAGAAAUAAUGUACAUUCAACGAUGUAAAGUUAUAUUAUACCGGCAAAAAUUAUAAAUACCUAUGCGUUUAUUUAAUAAGAACAAUAUAUAAUAAUAGUAAUAAAAAUAAACAGA